CUGCAUUGCGAGUGGGAAUCUGCUAAUUCGUCUGUAAUUUAGUGCAAUGUCGGGCAAGAUGAGCAGCAAGGAGCUGGGCCAGUCCAACCAGUAUGUGGGGCCUUACCGGCUGGAGAAGACCCUCGGCAAGGGACAAACUGGACUGGUGAAGUUAGGUGUCCACUGUAUAACUGGACAGAAAGUGGCCAUAAAGAUUGUCAACAGAGAAAAACUGUCAGAAUCUGUUCUCAUGAAGGUGGAGAGAGAAAUAGCUAUUCUAAAACUAAUUGAGCAUCCUCAUGUUCUGAAGCUGCAUGAUGUCUAUGAAAAUAACAAGUAUCUGUACCUGGUGUUGGAGCAUGUGUCUGGUGGGGAGCUCUUUGACUACCUGGUGAAAAAGGGCAGGUUGACCCCCAAAGAGGCCAGGAAGUUCUUCAGACAGAUCAUCUCCGCUCUGGACUUCUGCCACAGCUACUCCAUAUGUCACAGAGACUUGAAGCCUGAGAAUCUUCUCCUGGAUGAGAAGAACAACAUCAGGAUAGCAGAUUUUGGCAUGGCCUCACUACAGGUUGGGGACAGUCUCCUUGAAACGAGUUGUGGAUCCCCACAUUAUGCUUGCCCUGAAGUAAUAAGGGGUGAGAAGUAUGAUGGCCGUAGGGCAGAUGUCUGGAGUUGCGGAGUCAUCCUUUUUGCACUUCUUGUGGGUGCUUUGCCGUUUGAUCACGACAACCUACGGCAGCUUCUUGAAAAGGUGAAAAGUGGAGUAUUCCAUAUGCCCCACUUUAUACCACCUGACUGUCAGGCGUUGCUCAAAGGAAUGAUAGAAGUCAACGCUGACAAAAGACUCACACUAGAAGCAAUACAAACCCAUGCCUGGUACCAGAGUGGUCGGAACGAGCCGUGCCCUGAGCAACCCCCUCCCCGUCGUGUAUGUGUGACGAGGGUGCUGUCGCUGACGGACCUGGACCCAGAUGUCUUGGAAAGCAUGUACUCUUUAGGGUGCUUCCGGGAUCGGGUCAAACUCACACGGGACCUUACAAGUGAGGAAGAGAACCAGGAAAAGAUGAUUUACUACCUCCUGUUGGACAGAAAGGAACGCUAUCCCAGCUAUGAGGAUGAGGAUCUGCCACCGAGAAAUGACGCUGACCCACCUCGGAAGCGUGUGGACUCACCCAUGUUGACCCGACAUGGCCGCUGUAGACCAGAGAGGAAGAGUCUGGAAGUUCUCAGUGUCACUGAACAGGGCUCUCCUACCCCACCCCGCAGGAACCUGGACACUAAUGCACACAGCCAAAGGUCUCGUUCAGUGAGCGGAGCGUCCACAGGUCUGUCUUCUAGUCCUCUCAGCAGUCCCAGGAGCCCGGUCUUCACUUUCAGCCAAUCAGAAGUCACCUCAACUUCCUCCACUAAAGAUCCCAAAGCAGCGACUGCAACCGCUCCUCGGCCCGUCCGCCCUACGCCCGACCCAAAAACUCAGACCCUGCCAUCAAAAGGCCCCACUGACCGUCCCCAUCUUAACUCCAUGAAGUCCCUCCCUCUUCAGACCCCUCGCACUCCAUCACCAUCCCCCUCUCCUCUUCUCUCUCCCAUCCCACGCUUUUUCAACUUCCCUUCUCCAUCUGUCUUCAAGUCCAAAAAUGCCCACUCAUCCACUAACUCCUCUGCCACCACUCCUGUGUCGCAGGUCACACCACAAGGCUCACCUCUCCCCACCCCGUUGGGCACACCUGUACACCAAAUCCAACACCCUUCCUCCACAACCCCUCCCUCUUCUUCCUCCUCAUCUUCUUCUCCCAGAGGGGAUGGGUCUGGAGGGGCUUCUCUGUCACUGACACCGCCCUCCAGCCCAGGUAGCAGCGGCGGCUUGGCCUCCUCCAGCUCCGCCCACUGGAGAACAAGGCUCAACUCUUUCAAAAACAACCUGCUGGGGUCGCCACGCUUUCACCGCCGCAAACUCCAAGUCCCAACAUCAGAGGACAUGUCCAGUUUGACUCCAGAGUCCAGUCCAGAACUGGCAAAGCGGUCCUGGUUUGGAAAUUUUAUCAGCCUCGAAAAAGAGGAGCAAAUCUUUGUUUUGAUUAGAGACAAACCCCUCAGCUCUAUAAAGGCCGACAUUGUCCAUGCAUUUCUCUCUAUCCCUUCCCUCGGUCACAGCGUUGUGUCUCAAAACAGUUUCCGGGCAGAGUACAAGUCGUCUGGUGGCCCCUCUGUCUUCCAGAAGCCUGUCAAGUUCCAAGUUGACAUUGCUUUCUCAGAAGGAGAUAGAGAGCUGGAAAGGGAGCGAGCAGAGAGGGAAGGCAGAAGAGCAUUCGGCAUAUACAGCGUCACCUUCACCCUAAUAACGGGUCCUAGUCGCAGAUUCAAGAGGGUGGUAGAAACCAUUCAAGCCCAACUCCUUAGUACUCAUGAUCAGCCUUCUGUGCAGGCACUGGCUGAUGAGAAGAACGGCAAACCCUCUCGCCAGCUCAGCACACCUCCACAUCAGAAUUCUGAGAGUGGGUCGGAUCGGUGCGAGAAGGAACGUGCAGUGGACGCGGCGAGUGGGAGCGGCAACAAUAGCGGCAGCAUCUUACAGAGGCAAGGGUCAGGGAAAGACAAGACCAGACUUCUCUCGACAUCCAAUGGGACACAGUCACACCCAUGAAAAGAAUGCUUUGACGACCAGGCAGGAUAUCUCCUCUGUCCUUUAUUCUACUCACAUCCUUUCAAUCCUGUUUUCCUCCUAUCUGCCUUGCUAUUUGGCCGUCCGUCCAGUAGCGACAGAUUGGAAAAGGGAAAAGGUUUUUACUUCAUGCUCAGUGGAUGACCUGAUCUUUUCUCAGUCCUCAAGGACAAGUCGGAAGCAAGAUUCCCCACCCUGCCCCUCCAAAAAAAUCCCACCUUAGCAGAAAAUUUCACAAGAGAAACACUUUCACUCGCAAGCAAAGAAAGCACAUGACCUGCUCACUAAUGUAUUGGAUGCUUCACAUAAUUCACACGGCUGCAAUCAUUUGAUUAACAUCCAGUGACGGAGCAUCUCAAGACGUCUUCAUUAUCAUCUCCUGUUUUCAUGAACGCUCCUCAACAUUACUUUGCACCGAACUAACAUGAUGAGUCAAAAGAUGUUAUGGAAUGUCCAUUUAAAAUGAGCAAAAAAAAAGUUUUCUUGAGAAAUGGAGAACAUGAUGGGUCUGGUCUUUAUUGAUAAGUAAAGCGAUGCUGUAUUUUAGCAAAAACAAAGUGAAAUCACUGGUGAAAACACAAAGACAUCACAGAGGUUGGAUGUGAUGGAACGGGUUUGUAAUGUUACCCUUCAAAUACUGGAUGUAACCCGUUUAUCAAAAAUAAGCCCCACUUAUGCAUCUUGUCCUCGAGUGUAUGAGAUGCAUUAAGUCUCACAAUUAUUUCUGAAUUAUAAUGAGAAACGCUACGAUACCGUAUUGCCUUUAACGGAGGAGAAAUAGUGGAUCGCCAUUUAGAUUUAUCCCCAUUUUCCACUCACGACGCACACCCACAUAAAGAGUCCCUCAAACAAAAAGCCUGUUAGAUGCUACAGAGAAAGAGACAAAUCAUAACGGAUCACAACAGGUAAUUGAAGGACAACAAAAGUAGCAGAAAGCAUCAUCAAUCAAUUUAGAGAUGACAAUGAAAGUUAUUUUAUCUCGUUUUAUUGUCUUGUUGUUUAAAUACGAGAUUACCUGGUUGUAGGUGUCAUCAUAUGAUGGACAUCAACAUACUUGUGCUUCAUUUUCACUGUAGUUUGCCCUUUAUGUGUAUUGUGAUUCCAGCAGUGACCUAAAUCCACAGCCCCUGUUGCACAGCCAAAUCAAUUCUUACCUUCAGACGCGAUGACGUUGGUCUCUCGUGGAAACAAGUUCAAGUUCCCGAGAGUCUGACAAACACAUAAUAACUUAUCGUGGCUUUUAAUAGCAGCUUUAUUUUCAAGAAACAAAGAAAAAAGACAACCGAACGAAAGACUUCCAUGAUGCUCACAGUACAUCCGCUGUGACUGCUGGUUGUCAACAUAAAGAAGUUUAAAAAAAAUAAUUUUCAAAUUGGCUUAUUCAGCCACCAUUUGAAAAUAGAUAUUUUGCAACUAUAAUUACAUUUUAAUGGCGAGCUACAACAGCCAGUGAGUGUAGCUUUAUUUAAACGUGUCUGUUUUUAUUUUAUUGUUCUACCAGAUGGUAUGUUAUUGUAUUUUUCUGUUCCUCAUAGUUAUGUUAUUUACUGAAAUAUUUUACAAAAACUAAAUAAUACUAAAUGGUUUGAUUGAAUUAAACUGCCAAGACUUCAAACAAAUGUUGACAGUCAUUGCUUUACAGUUGUGACGGAGAGGGUUAAUGAUGGUAAACCAGAAAUACUUUCUAUAAAGAAAGAAAAUACUGUAAAUGAAGUAGUAUCCACAUUCAGCAUCCUGAAUAAAAAUGCUGAGUAAUGAGAAAUUCAGAAACCAUCAAAAACCUUUUUUUUUUUUAAAUAAUAUGAUUCUAAACAUGAAAUGACAAUGACAAAUAAUGUAUUGCUUGCAAAGGGCAAAAAAAUCAUAAAAAAAAACAAAUGUAAAACACAUUGAUUGUGAAGUAUCUGUCAUAAAAAUGCUGCACAUGGGUUGCUUAGAAGAGGAAAUGCAAUAGUAAAUUCAAGGCACAUGUAAAGAAUGAUUGUUUUCCUUUUUUGUACUGUACUCUGGUCUUUCAGUGUUUUCAUUCCACCAGCAAAAUAGGCAGUAUCAACAGGAAUGUUUAUCAUUUUAAAUAUUUAUUGUAUUUAUUUUUUCCAAUUAUGUAUUUACAGUAUGUAUUAGUUGACCUUAUGAUGCUCUUUUACUGACCAUUGUAGCUCUUAAAAUUGUGAAAAUUAAUGCUGCAAAAACACUUUCCAGCUUUAUAAUGUUGCGUUAUUUUGAACCCACAUUCUGUCCAUUUGUUAUUGUUUACUAUCAUUUGCUACAACUUACGCCUCCAAAGAUAAAAAUCCCACCGAUAUACGACAAGAGGUAACCUAAAGAUUUUUGUUCUUUUUUUUUUUUCUUUUUAAUCUAUUGUUGUCUUUGACAUUCUUGGCAAAAGAGAGCACGAGCGACUGUAUGUUUCUGGAAUGUAAAGAAAAUUAGUGCAUAUGUGCAUGUAACACUGUUUGAAUCACAGCCACGCCACUUGAGAAAAAAUUAAACAUAAUUUGUAGCUACACUAUAGCAAAGUAUUGCAGCGGUCCUUCAGUCCUCCCAAAAAUAUCGAUUGAGGUGUUUUAAUUUUAUUGGUUUAAAUAAACAUUUUGGUGUAUGAGAUGAAUACAUGCAAUCGCCACAUGUUGAUAUUUGCGUUGAGCUCAAAGGUUUGAAAUCCCGUGCGGCUCACAAUGCCACGUUGUGACUGCUGAAUUAUAUUUGUUUCUUUCUGCUUAUUGAUUGAAAAUAACACUGACAUGCAUACACAUUACUAAUGAGCUUGCUUUUAUUUUUUUACUUUUCAUGCACUGAAUGGAGAAACAUGACAUAGUCAAUGAAAACUGUCAUUGUUUUCCAUAUAUUUUUUAAGGUAUUCCAGACCUAAUUCAACACAAUCACUUUCUCUUUUUAAAAAGCUUUUACUUCUUCUCCCAUACUAAGCUAAAAAGGUAAGCUUUGAAAAUUGUGGCCCACCCAGUUUAAAGGUUGUAGUGUCAGAAAUGUUAAUACAUAUACACAUGAACAGAAAUGAGAGAGAUGAUAUCAAGUCAGAAUGCAUGACAACUAUUGAAAACAACAAUCCAUCCUCAACCCAUCAGUCAUCUCACCUCACCCUUUGUCAUUUAAUCGAUCCUUCCCUUUGUACACAUUUUACACUGAUAACUUUGAUGCAGAUGCACACUAUACGCCUUUGUCUGUCUCCAUUGUAUGCCAUCUGUUUCCAUGUAGCGUUCUUUGUCUUUGAUCGACACUGUAGUCGCCAUAAAAUGUUCUCCCUCAUUA